AUGUUCGUUGCCGAUUCGGAAGAGCCGGCGCUAGGUGACAUUAACUCUGCCUAUCCAAACUUUCAUCCAAGCUCUAUGGAACCGGUCCAUGCUUUCAUGUAUCGAUUGGACGCCAACUACUGUAUCUUAGCAUCCACAGCGCUCUUGUGGUUCGAUUUCAUCCUCACUUUCCCAACUGAGGUUGAACAUAUUUGGGGCGGCAAUUUUUCGGGCGCGACGGUUGUGUUCCUAUGCAUGCGAUACUUCCCCCUGGUCUCGAGGGUGGCUCUCGUGUCCGCAGUGCUGAUCUGGGGCUCGAGUGACACGACUUGCCACGUUAUCACCCGGAGCGAUGAUGUGCUCGUCGUCCUCACCCAUGCUGCCUUCGGAGCGUUCACUGUUUUUCGGGGAUAUGCCCUAGCCGGGUGUGGCUAUUGGAAACCGUUGCUUCUUAUCGCCCCUUUCGCCCUUGUUAAACCGGUGCUCCUCGCCUACGAAGGCUCGUGGUACGAGGCUGUGCAAGGGGGGCCGUCGAUCGGAUGUCUCUACAUAUACCGCAACAUCACCCAUGCUACCUGGACAAGGUGCGGAGUUUCCUUCUACUUUAUCCACUUCAUCAACAGUGAUGGGAUUGACAAUUACGUCAUCGCUGCGGAGACAACCACGAUUGCUGCGGACUUCAUUGUGCUCGUGAUCACAUGGAGAGCGACGUAUGGGCUCCAUCGCGCUAUGGAACGUGUGGGGAGGCCCACCCUCUUUACUCGACUUUUCCUCAUAGACGGAACGACUUAUUUCAUCAUCUUGGUGCUCCUCCAGGUUGCUAUCAUAGUCACCAACUUAACCGACUCGCUGUUAGUAUGCGCCUAUUUCGGCGAAGCUCUGGCCGCGAUAUUUCAUACCCGAUUAAUGCUCGACCUUCGGGAAGUGGAUAAGGCGCGUGAAAGCGAGAUCUUUUUGUCCCCGGUCGGGUCGCAGCAAACUCUUGGGACCGAUGUCCCGCAAAGCCGGAGCCCUGCUUCCUACGACUUCCUGCUCACAUUCCCCGCGGAGGUGGCGUGCAUCUGGAAGAAUCCAUUCAGCUCCGUAACCCUCACUUACAUCCUCAUCCGAUACACGCUCUUUGUCGAACGCGCCGUCAUCCUCCUCGAGGUCCUCUGGAGCCCUUCCGACCAGACCUGUGCCGCGCUCACGCACACCGACGACGUCCUCUACGCGAUCAACUACUUCGCGAUCGUUGCGUUCACAGCGCUGCGCGCGUACGCCAUAGCCGCGCGCGACCGCCGCGUGCUGUACGUGGUCGUGCCACUGCUCCUCGUCCAGCCCAUCUUCGUGCUGGUGGAGACAUCCACCUACACUGCGGUCCAGCUUCCCGGGCCUGAAGGAUGCAGGUACGACUAUUGGUUCUCCAGGAGCACCCUGCAAGAGCUCAAGAUGGCGAGCAUCGCAUGCACGAUCGCGGCGACGUGCAUCGUGAUCCUGCUCACAUGGUGGAAGACGCUCGCCGUGCGGCGCGCGGCGGUGGAAUCCGGCCUGCGCUCCCCGCUGGCCACACUGCUCAUGCGCGACGGCUCAGUGUACUUCAUUCUCCUUCUCGUCAACCUGUUCAUGAAACUCUACGCCAACCCGAACGCCACCGCCGUCUCGAUCUUCUCCGUCUGGCCCUACUUUUGCGAAGUGUACACCGUCCUGACGCUCUCGCGCUUCAUCCUCGCCCUCCGCGGCCUCUACUACUUCUCCGACCGCGGCGAAUCCACCCGCGCCACGUCCGACUCGGGCGGGUCCACCCUCGUGUUCUGCGACCCCUCGCCGCCGGGUGGUGGCGAGGGCGGCGGAUGGGCGUAG